ACUGAAGUAAUAAUUGUGUUUUGGAGGAUUAUUGGUGGUGUUUUACUACUUAAAACGAGUAGUAGAUGGCAGUUUGUGGACACUUGUGUAGUACCGAGCGACAGCUAUGUAUGCAUGUAGCUUGACUAGCUAGGUGUCAAUAGAAGACGAAGAAAACAAUGCUUGAGCUUAGCAAAAAAUGAAAUAAAUUAAAAAAUGGGACCCGCCCGUACGUCUUUUACUUUAUCCACCAGUGAUGCUCGGAGGAGGCUUCAAAUCGGAGAGGUUAAGAGUCAACCUCCGGCUCGUCAUCAACCGACUCAAGCACCUUGAGAACAAGAAAACUGAGCUCGCUCAAAAGGCUCGCAAGGAGAUUGCAGACUACCUGUCGUCAGGAAAAGAUGAGCGGGCGCGGAUCCGUGUGGAGCACAUCAUCAGGGAGGACUACUUGGUGGAAGCCAUGGAGAUCCUGGAGCUUUACUGCGACUUGCUGCUGACACGCUUUGGCCUCAUUCAGUCUAUGAAGGAGCUGGAUCCAGGCUUACAGGAGGCGGUGUCCACCCUUAUCUGGGCAGCCCAUCGCCUCCAGACAGAGGUGACUGAAUUAAAGAUCGUAUCAGACCAGUUGUGUGCAAAAUAUAGCAAGGAGUACGGCAAGCUGUGCAGGUCAAACCAGAUUGGAACGGUCAAUGAAAGGCUGAUGCACAAACUCAGUGUGGAGGCCCCUCCCAAGAUCUUGGUGGAGCGCUACUUGAUUGAGAUAGCCAAGAAUUACAAUGUGCCGUAUGAACCUGAUGCUAUGGUCCGGCCUGAGGUGAAUCGCGGAGAAGAAGCAGACCUCAUUGACGUGAACAGCCACAAAAAGUCAGGAGGAGGAGGAGGAGGAGGUUUUACUGCUCCUGCCAUGCCCAUGCCCAUGCCCAUGCCUGCCCCUUUCAACUAUCCACCUCCCAAAGGAGCAGAACCAUUCAAUCCGGCCAUUGGAUUCAACUUCCCGCACACCAUGGAAGGAGGGCAGCCCCCUCAGCUGCCCACUUCUCCCCCCACAUACGAGUCUAUUGAUGACCUAACAGACAAAAACUGUCUUCCUUCCCAGAGCACAGCUCCGUUGACGCAAAUCAACGACGACAAUGCUCUCCCAGAACUUCCUUCUGUCCCCGACACGCUCCCGACAACCUCCUUCGGCGGAAACACCACCACUUCGGAUGACAUCGACUUUGACGAUUUGACACGACGCUUUGAAGAGCUGAAGAAGAAGACCUAAGAAUGUGUUCAUCGUCUUGGAAGACCAACGCAUGGGCCGGCAUUGUUGUCUGUAGGAAGUAAAACUCAGCUCAGAGUUUGAUAUAUUAUAUUUUUUAUAUAUAUAUAUAUAUAUAUAUAUAUAUAUAUAUAUAUAUAUAUA